CGAAGAUCUUCCACAAAUCUGAAAAAAAAGGUGACGAAAGGAGGUCUUUUGUUGCAAAUUGACAAGAACAUCACAGGAGCUCGUUGCUCGGCCUCAAUAAAGAAAAAGUGAAGACGAGAUCAAGAAUACGACCACCAUGAAACAAAUUGAAUUUUUUAUGACCAUCAUAUAAACAAGAAGUAGAUAAUUUUUCAUGCUUCAUCAUCGCUCUGCUGACAUCUAUCUUUUUACCAGGACUCUACUUCUACGCGUUUCUCUUCAUGAUACUAUCUAAUACUAUAUCGUGAAGAUCAACUUUUUCGCCUAGAGCUCAACGACCAAAAUAGUUGGACCAUAAUAGUUUUAGAGGUUACAACCAAAACAAAUCGCAAAAAUGGAUGACCAACAUUCAGUCGAGGAAAGAAACGCCCAAGAGGUGAUGGCGAUUCUCAAGCAGCAGAAGGAGCAGAAGAAGAUGAUGCAAGAUAAGAAGAAGGAAAAGGAAGUGAAAGUAAAGGGAAAAAUCAAUACCACAGGAAACCGGUCCAAACGCGCAGGCUUGAUGUUCCCGGUAGGCAUGAUCGAGAGAAAACUGGUACCACUACUAAAAUUUGAUGCAGUGAUGCAGAGGAACACAUAUUAGCGAAACGACAGAUUCUCAUGCUGCAAAAACAAAAUCAUCAUUCAACAAAAUCAUCAUUCAAAUUUUUUCCUAUAUCCUUCAAGAUCAUCGAACCAUGUACUUUUCCAUUAAAAAUCCACCUUUCAAUUAUUUAUAAAACCCGAUAAAUAAUUAUCCCCUAUUACAAUCACAGAAAGAGAUGGGUGUCGCUAAGCGUGUCGGUAGCGGAGCAUCCGUAUAUCUCGCUGCUGUGCUCGAGUAUUUGACCGCAGAAGUCUUGGAGUUGGCUGGCAACAUUACGCAGAGAAACAAGAAGACCCGAAUUUUACCGCGUCACAUUCAGCUUUCGGUAAUAUAAGUCUGCUUUAUGUACUAGUGUACUUAGAGGCGGUGUCCAGUACCUCCUUAACCUUAACCUUGAUAUCAUCGUUAUUCGACCAAUUCUUCUGGAUUUUAUCCUAGUGAACUCGAAUAUUUCCUUUUUCAAAAUCACAAACAAACGACAUCAUCUACCAUCACAAAAUCUUCAUCAACCAAAAUUAGAUCCACGAGGACGAGGAGCUUGAGAAAUACUUGGGUAACACGACCAUCGCGGCAGGUGGUGUCCUUCCUGGUAUCCCUUCGGUCUUGCUUCCGGGAGGUGGUAAGCAAAACAAGAACGGAAAAGCUGAUGCCUAACUAAGUUCAAAAAUUCAAAAAAUAGGAGAAGGAGAUACUCGGAGGAGAUCUAAAGACGGCGGAGAUCUAAAGUUUUACAGUUUUUUUACGGAUUCACUGACUUCUUAUCCAGUUCCUCCUGUUCCAGACUAAAAACAGCACAACAAGUACAACAUCAUCUUUAACAUUAUCGAUUCAAGCAGAAGCAUCAAGAUUUUUAGCAUUACUUAGCAACAACUAAACAAUUAUAAGUACAAAGUCAAAGAUAGAGGAAGAGUAGGAAAUUUGAAGAUGCGCAGUACCAGACGAAGGAGGAGGCGAUGAUACUACCGGAUGAGGCGAAAGGAAGUGUCAAAGUCAAAUAUAACGGAGAAAUGCUUCUGCGAUGCUUCUAGCAUGUGUGUCAUAAUACUAGAAUAUUUCCAGGAGACGAAGAACAACACGAUCUUAUUAGACAAGCUCGCUGUGGUAAAGCCCACCGGGAGCCGUUACAAGAAGACGCGAAAUCGUUCAUGAGAGAUUGGAGACUGAAAAUUCUUCUCGAUACGAUCAUAGACUCAGAUGUGUAUCAUGACAACACGUUGAUUGAAAACAGCUGGCAGCUUCGCUUUUCGUUGCCGCAGCGCUGCCGGAG